GCUUUUUUACACAUGGUGAAAUGAAAACUGAAAAAGAAUCCAAGGCGAUAAUGAAUUGCGCUGCAAUGGUAGUGGGAGGUUACAGGCCUCUUCUAAGGCCCAAGUGCUUAUCUUCUAAUCCCAAAAUCAACACAGAGCAGCUUCGUUACCAGCUUGACCAACUCCAUGCCGAAGCUGAGACCACCCGCGCUAAAGCCAGCAAUGCUAGAUUGAGGUUUUUGCGGCUAUCAGAGGCGGCCGACAAGCUUCGUCGACAAGCCGCGGUUAGUGUUCAGAGGGGGAAGGAAAAUGAGGCAAGGGAUCUUCUCUUUCAGAAGAAGAAGAUUAUGCAAGCUUUGGAGAAGUCUAAGAGUCGGAUUGAGUUAUUGGAUAAGCUUUCCACGAAGCUUAAUGAGGUGAUAAACGUGAAAGAAACUCAACUAAUUGGGAAUAUUGCGGCAGAUUCAGAAGUGGGUGAAGAAGAUGAUUCCACUCCAGUUCGGAUAGUAUCUCCCAAGGAGCAAGAUGAAAAAGAUAAAAGCAAGGACUCUGAUAUUGGUGCCUUAACAUCUAUUUUAGAUCAAAAUUUGCUGCUCCAUACUGAUGAUCUGGCGGAGCAACCUGCUAAUGAGGAGCUAGAGGAAUAUCAAGCAUUCAAUUUUAAUGAAGGCAAUAGAAAUGGUAUCUUGGCAGCAAUAUCGACUUAUGAGGUCUUCUUGGAACAUUUGGAUCAACAGCUCAAGAAAAUUGAACAAGAACUUACCACAAUAUUAAAUGUUUCAACAUUUUUACUGGAUGAUCAGAAGCGAAAAAAUGUGAAGCUGCAGCAAACAACAAAACUUCUUGAAAGUAUCCUCCACUUAAGACAGAGAAUUUCAAAUAUGAAGCAGAAGUAGAGAUAAGUUAAGGCUUUAUGUUCUCUUGGUAAGGUUUCUACUACCAGGGUCUGCUCUAAUCUUCCCCCACCACUGCAUCUAGCAUCUCGUUUUACUGGUUCAGAUCUAUUUCUCACCCCCUAAACUUUUCUUUUAGUGA